AUUAUUUUGUAGAUAUAAAUACAUAAUCCUCACUCCCACAAUUCUCUUCACUUCUUUCCCUUCACUUUCUCUCAUUUUCUCUCCAUCCAAACAGAAAAUCACAACUCCCAUGGACGACGACCCCUCUGCUUCAUACAUCCACAUGGUGCACCACCUGAUCGAGAAGUGUAUAAUUUUCAACAUGACCAAAGAAGAGUGCAUGGAAGCUCUCUCCAAACAUGCAAAUAUCAAACCGGUCAUCACUUCCACCGUGUGGAAUGAACUGGAGAAGGAGAACAAGGAAUUCUUUGAAGCGUAUAAGAAGAAACGACGUGACGUUACUGUAAAGGUAUCCGAGGGUAAUUCGUCCGACACGUCGGAUUUCAACUUGCUGGGUUCGAGGGAUACGACGUCGUCCUUGAGUCGGUAGGUGAAAAAACAGGCCGCGGUGUAGGGUGGGUGGAAACUAAUAAAAU